AUGCCUGAAGGACGUCAAUCCCCCGAGCCUGAACGCCAAACCGGCGCCCAGCAACAAGAUCCCCCCGCCUCAGGCAAGGGAACCGACGACGCCUCCAACAAGGAACAGACCAACAAGGAGUCUCUCGAUAAGCUAGAGUCCAACCCCAAGGGACCCCUCGAUGACGCCCUCAAGGAGAAGUUCUCCAAGACUCAGUAA